AACGCUUUUCUAGCCUCUAGGGGUCUUUUCCACUCAUCACUUCCACAGUUCCACACACUAUCUUCGAUUUCCGAGACCGCACUGUUUAGAGUUCUUGUCACUCGGUCACUCUUUUUUCCCUCUUCGUUUGCUGUUUAGCUGAACUCAUUGCAAUGGCGGAGUCCAAGGUUGCCAAUGGCGUCGCGUCCGCGGGGAAGAUCGAGGCAUUGGAGCGCGAGAGAGACGAAUUGGCGAGCGAGAACGCGGAGAAGGAGAAGGAGAUCAAGAAGCUGAGGAAGGAGAUCGAGGGAUUGCGGAGCGACGGAUCGGAGAAGAAGGCGGCGGAGGUGAUUGCGGCGAGGGCGGCGGAGCUGGAGACGGAGUUGGCGAGGCUGCAGCACGAUACGAUAUCGGAUAUGAGCGCCGCCGAGGAGGCCAGGGCGGAGGCGGCGGAGUUGAGGAAGGCUCUGGAUGAGAGAGAGUCUAGGGUUGAGGUUCUAGAGAGAGAAGUGAAGGGGUUGAAGCAGGUGAAUGCUGAGAGUGAGAUGAAGGUGAGGGAUUUGGAGAGGAAGAUUGGUGUUCUUGAAAUGAAGGAAACUGAGGAGAGGAGCAAGAGGGUGAGGGUGGAAGAGGAGAUGAGGGAAAAUUUUGAUGAGAAAGAGAGGGAAAUUGAAGAGUUCAAGCACAAGAUUGAGGAAUUGGAAAAUGUAGUAAUGGGGAAGAAAAUUGAGUCUGAGAAAUGGGUCAUAGAGAAAAUGAAUAUGGAGGAGAAAACAAGGAUUAUGGAAUUGAGUAUAGUCGAAGCAGAGAAAGUGAUUAGGAUCAUGAAUGAGAAGGGCACCAAUGGAGCUGUGAAUGGUGUUCAUGGUGAGGUGAAGGGGUUGGAGGUACAGUGGCCAGUGGUGGCAGGAUCUGCAGGAGCUCUUGCUGCAGUUGUUGCUGUGAUCUAUUUCUGCUUUGGAAAAAAAAGGUGACUUUUCUGUGAUGAGUGAGAGGGUUAUCCAAUAAGAAUGGGAAGAUGAAGACUAGAGGUUAGGGUUUUUAACAGGCUUUUAGUCUCAACUAUGCUUCAAUUUUGUUAGUCAUCAUAAAUAUAAUGCUUUUCUGGCUUUUGUUUUUAGGAGCCUAUGAAAUUUGAUUCAUGUCAAAGUUGGCAUACUUGUUUUGUUAGUUGCUUGUGAGAAUUAAACCAUUUUGGCUGUUGGAGGAAUGUUCUGGUUAACUGCAGGUUUUUGUUUCACUGAUAUAGAGUCUAUAGUCGUUGCAUUCUAAGUUUGGAUAAAAUAAUAAUAAAUAAGGAAAUUGAGAUUACAAGGUUUUUUUUAUUUUUAAUUUUUAAAUGCUUAUUGUGAU